CCAGCAUGCCACCGCGCGCAUGCGCACGGUGUUUUGCUUGACAGUGGUAAACAGACGUCAGAAGGGAGUCUUCGCCUCGACUCAAAACAAAACAAAAGCAAACAACUGCUAAAAGACGCCGAAGGAGUGAAUAUUUGUGCCGGCGUGACGACAGCAACUUUUGCCCGACUUGCCGCCCACGCGAAUCGGCUACUUUGAGCGAGUUCCCGGCGGCUUUCGGAGGACUUUUCGGCGCGUUGUAAAACUCCGGAGUAGCAAGCGGGAGCUUAAGCGGCUAACGUCGCGGUGCGGCGGACUGUAGCCGGGAGGGCCGUUUCCCGCUUUAACCGCUUCUAAAUCCGCGGGAAGGCUUCCAGCUUGCUCGCACAUCGCGGGAGCGGAGCCGGGUUCGGAGCUCCGGGCCUCGGCGGCAGAGGCGUCUAGAAGCCGCUCGUCGUGGCGUGGAAACAUGGCAGAUGGCGACAUGUGGCGGGUUGUCCACACCUAAAAUAUUGUUUGUCUCCGUAAGUAAAACUAACAGUAUAGUUAUUUUUUUUAUACAUUAAUCCCUUUUUUUUUUACUUUACUUCAGGUGCGUCUUUUUUUUACGGUGUUGUUUACAACUAAAAUAAUCGCGUCAAGUGUAAACUUUACUUGGUAAAAUAACUUUGCAACAGGAACUUCCUGUUUACUCCUACACAUUAAAACAUUUUAUGUCUGGAUUAGUUUGAAUCAUAUUUUGUUUUUUAUUUCAGAGCCGAAAUAAUUUUGCAACAGGAACUUCCUGUUUACUGCUACACAUUAAAAUAUUUAAUGACUGGAUUAGUUUGAAAUAUAUUUUGUUUUUUAUUUCAGAGCCGAAAUAACUUUGCAACAGGAACUUCCUGUUUACUCCUACACAUUAAAACAUUUUAUGACUGGAUUAGUUUGAAUCAUAUUUUCUUUUUUAAUUUCAGAUCUGAAAUUACUUUCCAACAGGAACUUCCUGUUUACUCCUACACAUUAAAACAUUUUGUGACUAUUAGUUUGAAUCAUAUUUUGUUUUUAAUUUCAGAGCCGAUGUGGUUUUGUUUUUAUUCCACCCAAACAAAGGAGCUCCGAUACAAAUCGGAAGGUUUAUGAUAGUUAGUAUUAAGGAGAUUAUUUGGGUUCCCUAAUCUCCAAUCUGAGGAUUAACUGGUGUGCGCGGAUUAUUACGUUUUUUUUAGCAGCAUAUUGUUUUUUUCCCUGGUAACAUUUCGGGGUUGAUGCGGUUUUAAGACGCGUUUUUUGGGGGGCUCUUAAAGUUCCGAGCGUAGUCACUAUGGAGGAAUUCGUGCCGCCCAUUGACCCAGAUUUUGAGCCGCAGAGCCGGCCCCGCUCCUGCACAUGGCCCCUGCCCAGGCCCGACAUCUCGGUCGUCAAGCAGGAGGCCCCCGACGGCACUGAGUCCGUCGCGGGGACCCCGCCCGCGGACGAGGACAAGCCCGAGCCGCGGCCAAUCGCGUCCGAGCAGGGGAAGGCCUCGCCGGCGUCCGAGGGCGGAGCCGUGGCCGGCGUGGGCGGGGCCGGCGCCACGCCCCGCAAGGGGUCCUCCCGACGCAACGCGUGGGGCAACCAGAGCUACGCGGACCUCAUCAGCCAGGCCAUAGAGAACUCUCCCGAGAAGAGACUCACUCUGGCCCAGAUUUACGACUGGAUGGUCAAGACGGUGCCUUACUUCCGAGAUAAAGGAGACAGCAACAGCUCGGCGGGGUGGAAGAACUCAAUUCGCCACAAUCUGUCGCUGCACAACAAAUUCCUGCGCGUCCACAAUGAGACCACGGGCAAGAGCUCCUGGUGGAUGCUCAACCCUGAAGGCGGCAAAACGGGCAAAGCGCCGCGCCGCCGAGCCGCCUCCAUGGAUAACAGCAGCAAACUGCUGAAGAGCCGCAUGCGCGCCAAGCAGACCAAGAAGCAGGCGGGCGCGGGGGCCGGCGCGGCUCUGCAGGGCGAGGGCAACGGCGGGUCCACCGGCGCGGACAGCCCCGGGUCGUCUCAGCCAUUUCCCAAAUGGGGGGUCAGCGGCAGCAGCCCCUCGUCUCGAGGCAGCUUGGACGACGGCGACAUGUGGACCACCUUCCGGCCGCGCACCAGCUCCAACGCCAGCACCCUGAGCGGCCGUUUGUCCCCCAUCGCUCCCGGCCAGGAGGACGACGACAACCUCCCCGAAGACGGGCUGCUGGGACGUUACCCCGCCAGCACCCUGACCCCCACUCUCACCGAGACCCUCAUGGAGGAGCUGGAUCUGAUAGACGGACUGACUUUGAUGAGCAGCCAGCAGGGCGGUGCCAGCCCCAGCACCGCCCCCCCGGCGCCCCCGACCCCGCUGCCGUCUGCCUCCACGCUGUUGUCCCGCGGCUCCGGCUUCUCCUCCUUUCACCAGACAUCCCCCCUCGCGGCCACCCAGACCCCCGGCAACAAGGAGCCCUCCACCUUCAGCAACUCCCUCUUCAACCCCCUGUCCAGCGCCAACCCCCGGGGGUCGUCGCACUACGCCGCCCACGUGCCCUCCAGCCUGGAGGCGCUGCUCACGUCGGAUUCUCCUCCCCCGAGCGACGUCCUCAUGACCCAGGUGGACCCCCUCAUGCCUAAUCCCGGCCUCAUGGGUCUGGGUUCUUCGGUGGUGGGCGCGCGGCCCAAACCCAAUCAGCUGCUGCUGGGUAAGGCCCUGGACGCCAACACGGCGGCGUCCAGGUGCCUUCAGGCUCAGAUUCAGCAGCACCUGCACCACCAGCAGCACCACCAGCACCAGCACCAGCAUCACUCUCCCAUGGGUCUGGGCAUGAUCCUGCCCGGGUUGACCCAAGACCUGCCUCAUAUGUCCGCGCUCAAAGCACAGCACGCCGCCAUCCAGCCGGUGGCCUCUCACCACGGCGUCCCGUUGACCAACGCUGCCCCGCAGGGCGUGGGUCACUUUGGAGCGGCAUCCUGCUUCCAGGCCGCGCCGGACAGACUGCCAACGGACCUGGACGUGGACAUGUUCACCGAGAACCUGGACUGCGACGUCGACUACAUCAUCAAUAGCGACCUCAUGGACGGGGACAGCAUCGACUUCAACUUUGAUCCUAUCCUGCCCGGGGGCCAAGGCUACGGGGGGCCGGCCACCACCCAGGGCUCCGCCCACAACUGGGUGCCCAGCUAAAGAUUUUGCCAGGACAUGUCCUCCCACCCCUCUGUCCCCCCGAAGCUGACGUCAACCCCUCCACCACCUUUCUCCGAACCUGCCUGGACGCUCAAGAGGACCGCAGACGUCGCCCGCCAAGACCAGACCUGGACGACAGGAAGAAGACACGGACAGGAAGUAGAACUCCUCGAAGGAGUGAAGUCUCUCCUAUGCACACAGUCUCCUCACAUUCUCAGUGAGGACUUUUUUGUUUUUAGAAAAAAUGUGACUUCCUUUUAAAAGAAUGAUGCUGGGCACAAGCGUCUUUUAAGGUGGGCGUGUGACCGCCAUGUUGUGGCACGGCGCCACCUCCUCAUGGCCAGUUUGUCCCUCGCCCCACUGGACCAUCUCCAGCACGAGCGAUCGGUACAACCACACGCAGACUUCAAGUACCAUUUCAAUUCAAGACGAUACAUUGUGGCUUUUUUGGGGUGAAUCAACACUAAAGGCAGUUUUUUUUUUUCAUAACUUCCACCCGGUGCAUAAAGUAGUUUGAUGCAAGUUAGGUUGUUUUCUUUUUAAACCUGUUGUGCAGUUUAACUAAUACCAUGAAGUAAUGUGAUUUUUUUUUUAGGGCAUUUGAGGUUAAAUUGCCAACAAAUAAUCAGUUGGUUCAAAAAUGAGCUACCUGAUGGAUUUUUUUGUGCAUUUUUAUAGCACUUAUGUUCCCUGCUGCACCACAGGGAUGAUAUUUCUUUAUUUUUAUUUUUACAUUUCAUUGAGACAUGUAAUGUACAAGUUGCACAUAAUGACACGCUAUGCAGAUUUAUCAAGAUAAUUUAAUGACAUCUUGAAGGAAAUUUAAAAAGAAAAAAAGAAAUUGUUGAAAGGUUGGCAGCUUCAUGUCAUCACUUUUUAGUGCUAACCCGAAAGAAAGAAAGUAUAUUUGGUUAUAGCUUUAAUAUACUAGAGAUGCUACAUAUAUUACUAAUGACUUUUUUACAUUGGAGGAUGCAUUUUUUUCAGAUAACUGCAAUUUUUUCUAUACUUUUUAUUUUUGUAAGAUGCAUGUAGAUGUUUUUGUUUUUUUUACAUAACCAAAGGAACACUAAUAUUUGCAUUUGCAUGGCAUUUAGGGAGCACUCGGGCCUGACACAGUGUACAUAAUAGGCUUUCUUUGCCGGGUUUUUGUAUUUUUCUAGCUUCUCAGCAUUUCAUCUCAAAAAAAAAAAACAACACACAACCGUUACCUCUCAUGAUCGCUCCAAAAGCAAAAAGGAAAAAAAAAUAAAGUAAAUGUAUUUAUUUUACAUAUAUUCUGUCGCGACUGGAAACCAACACUUGUGUCUUUUAAAAAAGUGUUGAAGAAAGUCUCCCGCUAUGCAUUUCAGUACUUCAGUUGUUUUUUUGUCUUUUUUCCAUGAUCAGGCGGGAGGGGCUUUCUGCCAAUGUAAAACACUAGCAUGAUGUUAUUCUUUCUUGUGUCUUUGUAUUUAAGUUUGCUGUUCACCAGACAGUCAUGUACAGUUAAAUUCAAUCAUUUCACUGUUCCAAAAAAAAAAAAGAAGCAUGUAUUGUUUUCCUGCUUUUGAGUGGUGCUGGAUGGAUGGAUGCAAAUCAGGGUGUAUUUUGUGUAGAUUUUAAUUUGGUGGACGUUGCCUGGAAGAAUCCUCUUGUUUUUUUAUAUAUCAUCAGUCCCCAACUUGGUCACUUAAACAGAUCAAAAUGUCCCAAUCAUUCAAACUAUUUGAUGGAUUGAUUUGAAGAUGAUGUUGUAUUUAGUUGAUUUCCUUAAAAAGGUGUGUCUUCAUUCCCCCUUUUUUCUUCUGUAUAUUUUCUUCCCUUUAACGCUUUAAGUAGCUAUUAGUCCCCAUUAUGAUUGAAAUCUAAACUCGCCCCAAGAUAUUCAGUAUUUUAGAACAUGUUGUAAAAGUUUCCUAUAGAGGUGGAUGAUUUGAGUGUUAAGCCACUUUUGUUAAUUUUUUGAUCCCCCGUUUCCACAUUAAGACAAGCUAGACCUGACAAAGCGUUCUAAACAGCAACAAUAAAAGUCAAUAAACUGCUUUAACCCUCUUUA